AUGCCUGGGAUCAGGCUAAGAUAUGCUCUUUUAGCCCUAGUAUUUGCUAUAUACUACUACAUCGUUCUACUGUACCGAGAUCAGUUUUCUGACAUCAAGAAAUGCUUUUCCAGUAUCAGAGCCAAGAUUGAAGACUAUGAUUCCUCUAAGAAAGGUCAGCCGAAGCUAGCCUCGAAUAGCUAUCUUGAGGCAGACAUGCUUUACCGAGAUCGUACCCAAGUAGGAAUUGAGAAUGCCACAAUGGUUAUGUUGGUUCGAAAUCGAGAAUUGGAAGGAGCACUUUCUUCGAUGAGAUCUUUGGAAGACAGAUUCAACAGGCAGUACAAGUAUCCCUGGGUUUUCUUGAACGAUGAACCAUUUACUGAAGAGUUUAUAGAGCAAACAAUGCUUAUGGCUAGUAGUCAGACAUUUUACGAGUUGAUACCGUCUCUGGACUGGAAUAUGCCUGACUUCAUUGAUAACGAGAGAGUGGAGCAGAACAUUGCUAAUUCCACUGAUGUGAUAUAUGGGUUUCUGAAAUCAUACAGAAACAUGUGCCACUUCAAUUCGGGUUAUUUUUACAAGCAGAAGCGACUUUUGAACUAUGACUGGUAUUUUAGAGUCGAGCCAGAUGUAGAAUACAUGUGUGAUUUCCAAUACGAUCCAUUUACAUUGCUACGUACCAACAAUAAAAUCUAUGGAUUUGUAAUAGCCAUCCAUGAGUACGAGAAUACAAUACCGACGCUCUGGCCCACUGUGGAGAAAUUUAUGCAGACAUAUCCUGAUCUUAUCCAUGCGAACAACUCGUUGAAGUUCAUCACCACCAACGAGCUGUCUCUUAACCACUGGGUUACACCCAUACAGUCGUCUAGUGACUACAACUUGUGCCAUUUCUGGUCAAACUUUGAGAUCGGAAAUCUCAACUUCUUCCGGGGAGAAGCCUACAAUAAGUACUUUGACUUUCUAGACAGGGCCGGAGGGUUCUACUACGAGCGUUGGGGAGAUGCUCCGGUCCAUUCCAUAGGACUCAAUUUGUUGGCAGACAAGAACCUGAUCCAUCAUUUCGAAGAUAUAGGCUACUACCAUCCUCCAUACUUAGCCUGUCCUAGCUCCAAAGAUGUGAUAGCUGCGAAGCGGUGUGUUUGUAGAAAACGCGGAAACGAUGGUGAAGUAAUCGAUUCUGCCAUCGACGUCAACGUGUUCAGCUGUCUCAGCAGAUGGUGGAGGUAUGGAGCAGGCAAACGGUUCCUUAAUGAAAUCGACUAUACUUUCAAUAACUGA